AUGGAAGAUUGGCGGAUCCAAAAAAUAAGGAGAAAGUGCGGUAUAAUUUUUGUGGGCAUGAAAGUAUCGGAGGUAUCUCUCGCUUCAAGCAUCAUAUUGCCCAAGAUUCAAGUUCAGUGCUUAAGUGCCUGA